ACCGUCGACGCGCACGUUCGCCAACAGUUUGAUAUGGGUCGCGGUUCUUAUAGGGAUAUAAUUUCUUCAGGUAGGCCGAUUCGUGGUCGUUAGUCGCGCGCGAUCGAGUUAUCGAGUCAGAAAUAGGCUAAAUGCUACGUUCCCAAAGAAGAGUUGGGAAGCUGGAUCGUUUUUAACGGGGCUGCCACGCGACGUACCACGCGCCACUCACGCGCUUUGCCUUUCCAUCUUGCUGCCAAAAAGUGUCUCCCUCGGGACUUCGUUUCACACAUACGCACACACACACGCACACACACACACACGCGCGCGCACGCACACACGCACACACAGACGUUUUACACGGCAGGUGGUUCUAUCGCUCGGUUCCUCGGUCGUCCUUCGACGUCGUUCCUCUCUCGAUCAUCGUCAUCGCGAAAACAAAAGCUUAUCGAUCGUUAAUCGUUCGAAGAAGAAUCGUUGUGCCGACACUGACCGCGAGUGAUCACCUUGCUUGGUAGCAGGUGAGCUGCGACCUCCGUACGACAGGGCAACCGUAGGUGAGAGAGAAUUGCAGGUGAGAGAAACCGGGCAAGCGCAUCGCGAGGCGCACGGUUACGCACCUGGAUUUCACCGUUGUCGCUACUUCAACGUAAAAUGCGGCCAGUGGAUGUGAGGCAGCUUCUUCGAUCUCGAGACAUUCGUGACGAAAAGCACGGUGCAUGUUACUACCGGUAAAGCGUACGAGAAGCGCGUUCUUCGUAUCGCUCGUUGUAUCGGUAUACCGCAGGUAGCCGAAAGAACCGACCGAACUACACAUCGGGUCCUCGAUGUCGUUCUUACCUGUCCACCUGGCCCCGUCGUUUAGAGCAGCGACGUCUACGUUGUCGCCAGCGCAACUCAGGCAAUAUCUUCCCGGUGAUAAAUCUGCCAGCAAAUCUAUUUGGAAUUAUCCCGCGCAGACGAUCUUCGUGUCAGGCUGCCGCUGAAAACGAUUCGUCCCGAACGAUUCGUCAUCCUCGUGUCGACCGCUGGACGAGAUCUAGAAGCCGGGAAGCAGCAUGUCGUUGCAUUAUCCCCAAGGAUAUCGGUAUCGUCCGGCGAGUAAAGCUGCCGGGGCAGGGAAUGGCGAGCAAGGUUCUGACAGUGACGUUGCCCAACUCAGUGAUCUCGAGGACGACGAGGACGAAGAUGGGGGUGGCCAGUCGACCAAUAGACGUAUCGCGCACCGACAACACGGGGAGGAGGAGGAGGAAGAGGAGGAGGAGGACGACGACGAGGACGACGAGGACGACGAGGACGACGAGGACGACGACGACGACGACGACGAUCAAGACGACGAAGAGGAAGACGAGAACGAAGAAGACGACGGGGUAGACGUGGAUGGCGACGAGCUACCCUAUCCUGGUUUCGUGCCGGUUGCAAUGCGAUACCUCGACCAGAAUACACGACCGCGCAACUGGUGUCUGGCGCUCAUCACUAAUCCGUGGUUCGAAAGAGUGAGCAUGAUGGUAAUUCUUUUAAACUGCAUUACACUGGGAAUGUACCAACCGUGCGUCGACGAUCAGUGUGUGACAAACCGCUGUAAAAUAUUGCAAAUGUUCGACGACAUCAUUUUCGCCUUCUUCGCCCUGGAGAUGACGAUCAAAAUGGUCGCGAUGGGCAUCUACGGCAAAGGAACGUAUCUCGCUGACUCCUGGAACAGAUUGGACUUUUUCAUAGUAGCGGCUGGUGCUCUGGAAUAUUGUUUGAACGUGGAAAACAUGAAUUUAUCGGCCAUAAGGACUAUAAGAGUCUUGAGACCUCUACGUGCCAUCAACAGGAUUCCAAGUAUGCGGAUACUAGUGAUGCUUUUACUCGACACUCUUCCUAUGCUGGGCAACGUGCUGCUGCUGUGCUUCUUCGUCUUCUUUAUAUUCGGUAUCGUUGGCGUGCAACUGUGGGAGGGCAUCCUGCGUCAACGUUGUUUCCUGAAGGCUUUACCCAACGUCAAAUAUCCCGAGUUACUCUCGGACGAGUACUCGGUUCGAUCACGCAUUUACGACCUUGAGAAGUACUUCGAAUAUCAGGGUCAGGACUACAUUUGCUCGCGUCCCGACGACAACGGAAUGCACUCUUGCAGUAACCUGCCGCCGCUCAAGUUCGGAAACGUGAUAUGCAAUAGCACCGCGUUGCCGAACAAUAACGCAACGUUCAUCACCAACGACACCUGCGUUAAUUGGAAUUACUACUACACGGAGUGCAAGGGUCAGGGUAACAAUCCUUUCCAAGGAACGAUAUCGUUCGACAAUAUCGGUCUUGCCUGGGUCGCAAUAUUUCUCGUAAUCAGUCUGGAGGGAUGGACAGACAUAAUGUAUUACGUACAGGAUGCUCAUUCUUUUUGGGACUGGAUAUACUUCGUCCUUUUAAUCGUGAUUGGUUCCUUCUUCAUGAUUAAUCUCUGCUUAGUCGUGAUAGCGACGCAAUUCUCAGAGACGAAAAAGCGAGAGAUGGAAAGAAUGCGACUGGAGCGUGCACGUUUUCAUUCUACAUCAACGCUUGCGUCGUCGACGAAUACCUCAGAACCGACUACAUGUUACGCUGAAAUUGUUAAAUAUAUUGCACACCUGUGGCGAAGAGGAAAGAGAAGGUUAAUGAAGAGGUACCGAGUGUAUUUAUACAAAAGACAGCAGAAACGCGAGCAGAAUUUACUUAAGGAACAGCAACAACAUGGACACCCGUAUCGAGCAGGUGCACCCGGCCCUGAUUCGAAUAGAUUACCCGGAGAUAGGAGAAUCCAUCAUGGUAGAUGUCCUCGGUUGUUGGCGGCCCUGGAAUACGCGGAACAGCAACAACAGCAGCAACAGCAGGGGGUUGCUAGCGGCGGAGGGUCGCUCACUGAUUUUCCCGCGAACAGUCCUCCGACGCAGACUGCGAUUCUCGCGACUGCUCUCAGUAACAACGGCGGCAGCAAUGGAAAUUUGGCGAUUGCACCUCGUGCCAGUCCUGAGAUCUCCGAGGCUGACGUCUCUUCGAACGUGUGCCAUCGUAUGGCACUGCACAGGACUUCUUCCGUUUCCUGCAAUGGAAGCGACAAUGUCUUUUCCAACGCGACUGAAGCGAGUAUUCAGACGAACAACGCGCUGCUAAGUCCGCCUUGCACGAACUAUCGUAGAAGGAGCAGCGUGAUGUUCAGCGACGUGGUGUUGUUGCACGGCAGCAACAACGUCGGAAACGCGUUGCAGGCCGGCUCGACGACGGUGUCACCCGGCGAACGGAACGUAUGCUCCUGCGAAAAAAUGACGCAGACCGGUGACGGGAAUGUUUGGUCGAGCCCACUGCCAGACCACAUACAGAUGCAGGCUGAAUUUGGUGGAAACGAAGCCAUGACUUGUCAAGAAUUACUGGCGUUAAGCGGUGCUUUGAGCGCCGCGCUACCAACCGGUCAGCUGGCGUUGGAUUCUUUUCUCAAUUCGCUUACCAAAGGAAUAACGGAUCGACGCAUUACCCUGGAGGAUCGUACGCAGUGGUUAGCGUCCGACAUUGAUAAUUGCUCGUGUUGCUGUGAACUCCAGGGCACUGAUCAAUGGCCAGACGAAGGUGACAAAUGGGCGAAAACCUCCCGCGCUAGAAGAGUGUUGAGAACUUGCGGCAACCGUUGUGUUUGCGCGAUACGGUGCAUAAGACGGUCGAUUAAGAAGCUGGUCGAGCACAAAUAUUUUCAACAGGGUAUCUUAUUGGCGAUUUUGAUCAAUACUCUGAGCAUGGGGAUAGAAUAUCAUAACCAGCCGGAGCAAUUGACCAUAGUGGUCGAGAUAAGCAAUAUCGUGUUUUCGGCCGUCUUUGCCGUGGAAAUGUUGCUGAAGAUCAUCGCGGAGGGUCCGUUCGGUUACAUAAGCAACGGAUUCAACGUUUUCGACGGAGUCGUCGUGGUGCUCAGCGUGGUGGAGAUUUGUCAAGCGUUCGUUGAGGAGAGGAGCGGAAGUUCCGGGCUGAGCGUGUUGAGGACCUUCCGGCUACUGAGAAUCCUCAAGCUCGUGCGUUUCCUACCGAACCUCCGGCGACAGCUGUUCGUGAUGCUGCGCACCAUGGAUAACGUUGCCGUAUUCUUUUCCCUUUUAGUACUUUUCAUCUUUAUAUUCAGCAUCCUAGGGAUGUACCUGUUCGGGGGUAAGUUUUGCAUGUGGGCGGACCGGAGUCGGCCCUGCACCUGUGCCGAGGUGGUCUCGCGGCACCCAAUGUGUCGCUGUGAUCGCAAACAUUUCAACGACAUCGUCUGGGCACUUGUCACGGUCUUUCAGAUCUUGACGCAGGAAGAUUGGAACGUCGUGUUGUUCAAUGGUAUGCAGAAAACGUCUCAUUGGGCGGCCCUCUACUUCGUCGCGUUGAUGACAUUCGGCAAUUACGUCCUCUUCAAUCUGCUCGUCGCCAUUCUCGUCGAAGGAUUCUCCUCCGAGAGAAAUGAAAGAAGAGAGCGAGAACAGAGAGAGAUGGCGAGACUCGCGGCGAAAGAAGCAGGGAUGGGCAGUGACGAUGGUUCCUCGAGAAUAUCGAGAUCUCAUUCGAUCACUGAUAGCGAUACAUACACGCAGGAUCGAAAGAAUUCGUGGCAGAGCGCCGAGGAGUUGCGCAAGUACAAAGACAACAACAGCAGGGAAAAGCAGAACACCGUGUGGAAGCAUCAGAUAGACGAGCCAAAGUGUAACAUUCAAAAGGAGAAUAAGAUGAUGGGCGCUGCUGGACAACCACCGAUAAUUACUCACACGGCAGCCACCCCUCAGGAUUCACCCAACACCACGCUCGAUGUCGGCUACAGAGAUCUAAAUUGUCGAGCUGUUUAUCCUACAGCGGCAUUGUCCAUCGAAUCCAUCGAUCGUUCAGGCAGUCAGUGUAGUAUUCCUUCCGGCCUGUUGAAGCUACCAGACGUUUCAAAUAAAAUAUCAACGAAAAAUCUUAUUGCCGGACAGUUUCCUCGACGAAUAAGCCUCGUCACUGCUGUUGUUAAUCCAGCAACGAGAGAAUCAUCCAGUUCAAGUCCGCCAAGGAUACAAAGAGGUUACUCGUGGAAAUUAUCACGGCCAUCUCUACGGAGGAAACGUUGGUCGCAAUCGGAGGACGAACCUCUUAGUAGAGCUACUGUACUAAAUAACGGUCGAAGCACCCUACUCGGUUCCAAUUCAACUUUCAACGGCGGUUAUUUACACGGUUCGAUAAGAAACGACACGCAAAGCGACACACCGAAUAAUCGAACGACCGUCCUAACAAGCAAUAAUCGUAGUCUCAGCCCUAAUAAUUCCAUCGCAAGCCGUAGCUCCUCUAUACGGCGUUACACAGCAACGCCUAAUCAGAUGCGAUGGAUUAGCGAUCUUUCGCGAAGGAACUCGUUGCGUGGAAACGAAAACAUUCAGUCGCCGACGAGAAAAACCUUACCUCUAGACGAGGUGCCUAUGCAAUGCUCAACGGCACGUACAAUCAAUAAUCUGUCAAUGGAGACUGGUCCACUGCCCAGAAUUAAACGACUUCCCGAUCAAGAUGAUGACAAUCCCCGUACAGACGAACAGACGCCUCCCUUGAAUGGUCAUGGUAGUGCAAGCAGCAUCGAGAGAAUUAAAAAAAUAUUCAUGUUUUUUGAACCGAAAGGAUGCCUUAAGGAACGUGAUGAUUACUCGCUUUACAUUUUUCCACCGAAUAACAGAUUUCGCGUUUUAUGUCGGCAGUUAGUCGAUCAAAGAUGGUUCGAUAACGUGGUUCUCUUUUUCAUUGGUCUGAAUUGUAUCACACUGGCGAUGGAACGGCCAAAUAUACCACCGGAUAGCGGAGAGAGACUUUUUUUAUCCACCGCGAAUUACAUUUUUACCGCGGUGUUUGCUGUUGAGAUGUUUAUCAAGGUUGUUGCAUCUGGUAUGCUGUACGGAUCCGACGCUUAUUUUACUUCAGGAUGGAAUAUUAUGGACGGAGUUCUUGUGAUCAUUUCCAUAAUCGACUUAUCAAUGUCCUUACUGUCGGCGAGUAGUCCAAGAAUAUUUGGAAUACUGAGGGUUUUUAGACUUUUAAGGUCACUAAGACCAUUACGGGUUAUUAAUCGAGCUCCUGGUUUGAAACUGGUUGUUCAGACAUUGUUAUCCUCUUUACGACCUAUCGGCAACAUCGUUUUGAUAUGCUGUACUUUUUUCGUAAUCUUCGGUAUCUUGGGCGUGCAGCUGUUCAAGGGUGCCUUUUAUUACUGCGAGGGGCCUGAUAUUAAAAAUGUACGCAAUAAGACGGACUGCCUGGCCGACAAGCGCAACGUUUGGUUAAACAGAAAAUACAAUUUCGACGAUCUUGGAAAAGCGUUGAUGUCGUUGUUCGUAUUAUCAUCGAGGGACGGAUGGGUGAACAUCAUGUACACCGGACUCGACGCUGUAGGCGUCGAUCAACAGCCAAUCGAGAAUUAUUCGGAAUGGCGACUGCUCUACUUCAUAGCUUUUAUCCUGUUGGUUGGCUUCUUCGUCCUUAACAUGUUCGUGGGCGUUGUGGUGGAAAAUUUUCAUAGAUGUCGCGAGGAACAAGAGAAGGAGGAACGAGUGAGAAGAGCUGCCAAACGAGCCUUGCAAAUGGAGAAGAAACGACGAAAAAUGCACGAGCCACCCUACUACACGAACUACUCAAAAUCGAGGCUAUUCGUUCACAACGUUGUGACUUCUAAAUAUUUCGACCUAGCAAUUGCUGCGGUGAUCGGCCUGAAUGUUGUUACCAUGGCGAUGGAAUUUUACAUGAUGCCAAAAGCUCUGACUUACGCUCUAAAGAUAUUCAAUUAUUUCUUCACCGCGGUCUUCAUCCUCGAAUCUUUUAUGAAACUCGUUGCCUUAGGUCUACAUCUUUACCUUAAAGACAAAUGGAAUCAAUUAGACGUAGGAAUCGUGAUAUUAUCGGUGGUUGGUAUAGUUCUUGAAGAAGUUGAGUCGAAGAUCAUUCCGAUCAAUCCUACGAUAAUUCGGGUAAUGAGAGUUUUACGAAUCGCUAGAGUAUUGAAGUUGCUGAAAAUGGCAAAAGGAAUACGCGCCCUUUUAGAUACGGUAAUGCAGGCGUUACCGCAAGUUGGAAAUCUAGGAUUACUAUUUUUUCUGCUCUUUUUCAUCUUCGCAGCUCUUGGUGUAGAACUAUUUGGCCGAUUAGAAUGUAACGACGACAUGCCUUGCCAGGGUCUCGGGGAGCAUGCUCAUUUCAGUAAUUUUGGUAUGGCGUUUCUAACGCUUUUUCGCGUAGCCACCGGCGACAAUUGGAACGGUAUCAUGAAGGACACCCUGAGGGACGACUGCGACGAAGCAGCGGACUGCGUGAAGAAUUGUUGCGUGAGCACCAUUAUAGCCCCGAUAUUUUUUGUAAUUUUCGUGCUGAUGGCACAAUUCGUUCUUGUCAACGUCGUCGUCGCCGUGCUCAUGAAACACCUCGAAGAAAGUCACAAACAGAUGGAAGACGAGCUUGACAUGGAAACUCAGCUGGAGAGAGAAUUGGCCGCGGAGCAGGAAGAGCUGUUGGAGGUAGAGGAAGAAGAGGAAGACGAGGAAACGGUGAAACGAGGAAGAGGAGACGAUGGUGGCAUCGAGGAGGACGACGACUUUAGAGAACGCGAGUCUAUUUUAGUGACGAACGAGAAGACUCUUAUUAAGAGAAGACCUGGUCUUGCCAAAGUUCGUUCCUUGCCUGCGAAUUUUAUUUACAAUCCACCACGGGAGGAAGACGAAGGCGACGGAACGAUUUUCGCCACGUUGUCGCGGCGCAAUUCGUAUCAUCGUUCCAGUUCAAGACCGUCCAUGUUCAAAUCGAAGCGUCGACAAACGUUUCACUCGGGGCAUAACCAGAGGAGAUCCUUACUGCCGAUGCAUUUUGAAGUCGCCGAAGUUUUCGAGAAGCCACUGAGCAAUCUAAGCGUGCCUCGAAUUAUUCCUCAAUGCAAUUACAUUGCAGUAAGCCGAGAACCCACCCACGCGCAGUGUCUAAGGUUACAGGCGACCAGCAGCAACGGACAAGAGAACAAGUGUUUGUUGAGCGUGAUCAAACCUCCAACGAGUUCUUCCCCGGUGUCACCGGCCGGCUCGGUAACCACGCUAGCCUGUCCUAAACUAAGCAGCGAACGUUAUCUUUUGCCAACGGCCACUAUUUACCCGUCCAAGGCAACGUUGAGUCGCAGGCCAUCGAGCGACACGCAGUCACAGUCGGACACGAACGUGAGCGUCGGUACCGCAAGCAACGCUCCAUCCAGAACGCCGAGCGUGUCGAACGAUUACACGGAAAACGGUGCAUCGAAGGGUAGCAACAAAUUGGACGAUUCCAAGAAAACGAAAAACGAGCGACGGGUAUCUGCUCCGCCGACGGACGAUCUUGACGUGCAGUCGAUAAUUAACGAAAGGAGACCGUCCAAGCUCAAGUGCGGAAAUUCCCUGGGAAUGGCGGCCGGUGUCGGUGACCAAUACCCUCCGUCGAUUCGUACGGGCAGCUACGUAUACGUCACCGAGCAACGAUCGGAGGAGGUGUCGCCGAUAUCGAUCGGUAACAUGAGCGACAGCAUGAUGGCAAGCACGAGCGUGAGCACGAGCGGAAGCGCGAGUGCAAGCGCGAGUGCAAGCGCGAGUGCAAGCACGAGUGCAAGCGCGAGUGCAAGCGGGACCGGAAGCGGUGGCGCUAGUGGAAACGGUAGCAGGAACGGAAUCGCCGUGGUAAAUAUACCGGAAGCGGUUUGCACGACCAUUGGCUCGGACGUUCGCAUAUACGUGGACGAUACCGACUCGACGAGCAGCAACAGCCAUCACACGAGGAAAUCCAGCGAGGAGACGCCGGACGGGUCGACGUCCGUUUCGUCCGUCACCGCGAUCCACGAUGGAACCGACGUAACGGAAGAAACGAAGGGGAGGUCCGAGAGAUUCGAUAGAGCACCCUCGGAUCGUUCUUAAAGUUCAAGAUCGAAUGGUCUUCGCGCGAUCUACACUCCUAUCUGAAAUUUAGAGAAACGGAUUCUAAAAAGAAAAAAGGAAAAAAUACAAAAAAAAAAAAAAAAGAGGAAACAAAAAGCAAAAGUAAUCGGUUCUACCGAGAAACAGUAUAGAUUUCUAUGCAACUGCUAGCCGACCAUGGUAUCCACGGCAAAGUACCAUGGAGGGUUCUGCGAGGGUUCAAUGUUUGGGCUCUAAGAAAGACUGUAGUGCAUGACAAUAUAGUCGUUAUAUUCUAGUAACUUUGCCGCCGUGAACUUGCCAAAGAUAGGGAGCAGGAGGUUUAGGGAAGAUCGGGAACAUCGGAAGGGUGGAUGGAUGGCGUUUUCUGGGCAGGGAAACGGAUUCGCUGUUGGUCGAGCGUGUAACCGAAAGCGAAGAUCAAUGGGAAUCGAAGGUACGGGAGAACGUGUUCGAUCACGGAUAGAACAAUUGUGUGUUUUCAGCGCGCAAAAUGAAAUAGUUCGAAGGGAUGACGUGAAUGAGAGAUCGCGUGUGCGCGUUAGCGAACGGCUGAACGCGCGUGCAAACGACAAGCGAGGGCAACCAAAGAAAAAAAAAAAAAAAAAAAAAAGAAAAAGAAAAUCAGAAGAAAUGAAAAAAAAAAAAAAGAAAUGAAAAACCUAUGACAAUCUAUUAUUGCCAGCGGAACUGAUCUUACGUUCCGUUAAAAAAUACACCGUGGAAGUCGAUCCGUAGGAAUUGGUAGGAUGAAGAACGAUGUAGUUCUGCGUCAAUAAUUAGAGAAUUUAUGUAGUCGUUAGGUAAAAAAAAAAAAAAGAAAAAAACAAAUUUGUCGAGUCUACGCGACAAUUGCAAUUAAUCGGACCACACUUUCUCGCCUUUCCUUUUUCUCCAGCUCGUCGAAUAAAUAACGCGUGUCGUUCGCAGGAAUGUUUCGAGAGCCGCGGCGGAUCGUGGGUAGCUCUCGACGGAGAAACAGAAAGGUGCCAAACCGAAGGUACGGAAAACACAAUGAGGGAAAAUGAAGAAGAGCACGAACGCGAAUGGUCAUUACCGAAGUGCCAGAAAAUCUAGAUAAAAAAAAAAAAAAAAAAAAACAGUUUCGGACUAUAAAAGAAAUUAGGAAAACAGAAUAAAAAGUAGCGUAGUCUUAUCGCGGGACGGAGAUUUUAGCUGCGGAGAGACAGGAAGAACAAACGGAACAAAAGAAUCUCGUGUAUUAACAAUAGACGUUAAGAGCUUCGUAAUUAAAUAUUCUCAGAACCAAGGUGGUGCGUGGUCGAAACGGGGGAAGAAUGGGGAGGCCGAAUAAAUAUUGUUACGAUUGGCUAAAGUAAUAAACAGCCAGUUCAUAGUUUAGUCGAUUAUACUGGUAUUUUUGUCACCUCUUUCACGCUAACUCUAUAUAACGAAACAAAAGAAGCAAACUGGACGAUUAGCUCGGAGCUCGAGGUAAAUACGAUUAGGAACUUAAGACUAACUCCGACGUUGUGAUAAUCUUUAAUACAAAUUGAAACUCGUACAAUCUAUAAUCUCUAUGUCAAUUGGUAUUAACUUGGACGGGUUCGCGUGGAAAGCUAUGACGACACCAGCUGCCGUGUACUUCCGAAUAAAUCCUGCGGCGACUGACGAUGAGUCAAGUAUUCUCUUCGUUUCCUUCUCUUCGUUUCUUUCUCGCGUUCUAGAACGUUCUUCUCGUUAACAUCUGUGAUAUACUUUAAUCGUAGUGUAUUUCCUAUAUAAAAAAAUAGAGAGAGAGAGAGAGAGAGAGAGUGUGAGAGAGAGAGAGAACAAAAGAGCGCUACAAGAGUAAAUGGAGGGAGCGAAUACAGCAGGACGACAAGCAGAGAGCGAGGAACAAAGAUAAAGCAACAAUUAAAGAAACAAGAAAAUACGAAACGAUGGUAGUGCGACUUUUUGAUAAAAAUAAAAUGAAAGGAACGUAAAACGGGGACGAGCGCGGAACUAUGGUUUGAAGUGAGGAAUAAAAGAAAAAAUAAAAAAACAAAUAUAAUAAACGCAAAUAUAUAAAUACGAUAGAAGAAACUCUACUGUACAUACAUACACUUACGAAUAUUCUAUACUAUACACUCGGUGUGGUUUAUUUUGAUACUACCGCGUGCGGUAAUAUUUAACGAUUGUCGGAGAUAAAUUCAACAAAUUAGAAACGAUGAAAAAAUAGCAAAAGAAAAAAAAAUUAAGAAGAAGAAAAAGAAGGAGUAAUUAAAUAAAAGUAAAAGAAGAGUGCAAGUAUAAAGUAAAAAAAUUCUAUGCCUUCUAACGUUGACGGACGUUGACGAACCUUCGUGCGGUGGUGGUGCCCGCGCUUCGAACGAUCAGAGGCAAUUGGUGAUUUCUCUUCGUUGACUCGAAGUUUCAUAGGUUGCUAAAACGUUAACGAGCGCUGUGCGCCACGUUGCUUUUUAAAAGAAAAAAAGAAAAAAAAAAGAAUAUGAAAAAAGAAAAAAACGAUAGUCGCGCGACUGAACCGAACGAUCGAUCGAUCGAUCGAACGAAAGAACCAACCUUCGGUUCCAACAUGAUCGAUUAUCAGCUGCCUCGCGUGUUACUUCGAUCGUUCGAUAAUCAUAGGCGUAACGAACUAUUACCAACGCUAUAAAUAAUAAUAGUCUCUUCGUGUAACUCGUUGAACCUGUUAAAUCGAGACAGCUGUUAAUUAAUAAUCGCUGCGGGGGUGAUCAAUUCGUUUCAAUUACCUGUUAAUCGUUAAUCGUCCGACGAGAGUGACAAUCGUUAGCGAAACGUACGAUGGCGGAUAGAUUUCGGCCGACUCUUUCCUCAUCGAUCGAUCUAUCGUACGAUCCCAGUAGUAAACGAAACUACGUAGUGGUAUGGACUGUUCAUAGUCGAAACUUACUCCGGUUAAAAGGUCUAAUGCAAAUCUUGUACGCGCAAUCACGCCUAUUCUACUCUUACGAUUUACGUAAAAACGAGGCAUCUCCGCUCUAAUGUUCUGGUUGUUGCGAUUAUCCAUUCGAAAUUGUUACGUUAAACGAGCGAAGAAAUUUCUGACGAAUUUAUGGAACAGGGAGGGAUCGAUGCGAUUCAUCAAUCGAUAACGAAGAAACGAAGGAAAGGAGAACGAACGUGUCACGGAAAUGUAGAGUCAAGCUGUUCGUCGAGGUGAAACUAUUCGUAAUGGUAGCGUAUUGGACUUCCUUGGACCUUUUAAUCAGAACUCCUAGAUUAUAAUGUAUCCGUAUAAUAUACAUAUAUAUAUACAUAUAUAAAUGCGUGUGUAUAUAUAUAUACACGAUACACGUACAUGAUUAACGUAUAACGCGCGUCUCUCUGGCACCACGACCGAGUUUCGAUAGCUCGAUAGCGUUAGACGACUGACCUCCGAAUUAUAGUUUACUCUAGCCACGGGAUGAAUCGUGCGACAGCGCGCGAGAAUUCGCCGUUCAGUUGCACGUGUAUUUGUUUAGCGAAACAGACAGUAAAAAGCAAGCGAAGAGUUUAGAAGAUGUAAAAGAGAACUAAAAAGAUGAGUGAAAGAGAGGAGAAAAGGCGAAUCUACUUACGUAUGUGCGCAACAUGGCGAUGGAACAAUUUCUAUCCGCGAGAGAAUCCGACGAAGACGAAAGAGAAGAAGAAGAAAGGGAAGCAGAAGGAAAGUGGAAAAUAAAAAGUGGGAGAAAUGGAAGAAAAAUAUAAACGAAUAAAAUUAACAAAAUGAAGAGUAUAUACAUAUAUGCGUACAUACAUACGUGAACACAUAUACGUAUAUAUACAUAUAGUUACGUGAAUAAUAAGUACAAGAGAUGAAAUCGUGCACGCGCACGUACAUCAGAGUUAUUAAACGUGUUAUUCAGUGUACUUGUUGCCGCGUGCCUCUCGAGUCUGUUCUUCGCCCCUGAACGAGGCAGUGCGUAAUCGUCUAUUUAAGAAAAAAAAAAGGAAUAAAUGAAAAGUAACAAAAAAGAAAUAAAAGAGAGAAAAAAUUACAAAAAAAAAGAGAAGAAAGAAACAGAUAUAAAGAAGUGAAAGAAGAACAAUAAUAGAGGAGGAAGGAUAAGAAAGAAACGCGAUGAAAGCCAGGGAGAAUAAGGAAGAAGACGGUUGAGGGAAAAAGAGAAAAUGUAAAAUAAAGAAAAAAGAAAAACAAAAAGAAAUAAAACGAAGAAUGGCUAGCCGCCCUCAAAUGUAUCGUGCUAUUUUAAUUACAACAGUAACGUACCAGGCAUGGUCCAUACGACCGCCGAGAAGCGUCCUUUUUGUCUGCCUGAUGCGUACAUGUGCGUAUACGUGAAUUUUUUUCGGGGAGAAGUCUAGCCACGUGAAUGUUCGAUCGAAUUUCGAAAGAAAAAAGGGAAAAAUUAGGAAAGGGAAGAGAGAGAAAAUGAGAGUAUGGGAGAGAGGUGGAGAGAAAGGUUGAAUGCGUGAGUGCGAAUGUGCGAGAGAAUGGAGGAACACGACGAUAGAAGCGUAGAACAAGACUAAAUAUGUACAAAUGUAAUAAAUUGAAUGACGAUUACGUUGAAUUGA